AGGAUUGAAUUAUCAAGGCACUGUUUUUCACAUCUUUCUCCUGGGUUAAAUAUAGUUUCGAUAAACUCGUUUCUAUCAGAUAUUGUCACCUACUACUUUUCGUUUGCCUGGUUUUAGUUGCAUAGUGUAGCCAUGGGAGUCGAUGCCGGCUUCGAUAUGUAUCCUCGUCUGUCUAAGGGAAUAGUAGACAGGCACAACUGGGGACGAUUUAUCGAAUUGAUUAAAGAGUAUUACAAAGAUGAUACUCAGGUUGAGAUAAAGCCGAAUUACAUCAUCUUCAAAGCAGGAGAACAUCCCCAGCUUCCCUUUGAGGGCCACAAGUUUCUGCGUUUUAGCUCAAAGAUAUCGGGAUCUAUCGCAGCAGAUACGAAUGUAGAGAGCUACAUCGAUACUGUGACAGGUUUUGCACAGACAAACUUCGGCUCUCGUGUUCGGUAUUGGCACGAGGGUGCCGAUCAGUCUGGCGUCUACAACUGGACUGAAGUUCAUGAAUCAAUCAGGUCAUAUCAGCAGCCAGAUAAACUUGAGACUCCGUCCAGCAUCGCCCAACUCCUUAGUGGCACCGAUCCCAUCGCAGAGCUGGGCAUUGCGCCUUUUGAGAUUAAACACAUCCCCGGAAAAGGUAACGGUCUCGUUGCCCGUGUCAACAUAUCCAAAGGCACUCGAAUUAUUUGUGAGAAGCCGCUUCUUAAAGCUGGGCCUAUGCCUCAUGAUGAGUUAGAGGCAUUUCUCGCGACAAAGUUGAAGGCCAUGUCUAGAGAGUCACAGCGACAGUUCCUGUCUCUUCAUAACAACUUCCCGGGGAAGAACCCAUUCAGCGGCAUCUUCAAGACGAACGCUCUGCCAUGCGGCUCUGGGUCGCCCAUAGGCAGCAUCUACCCAACAGUGUGCUUAAUCAACCACAGUUGCAUGCCAAAUGCUCACAAUAGCUGGGACAGCGCCAAGGAGCACGAAACGAUCCAUGCAAUCCGAUCGAUCGAGAGAGGAGCUGAGAUCACAAUAUCGUACGACCAUGGCGGAACGUCAAGCGAGCGACAAGCAUUUCUUGAAGAAAGCUUUGGUUUCUCCUGCACUUGUAGUUGUUGCACGCUCCCCCCCUUCUUACUCCAAGCUAGCGACAAUCGGCGCACACAGAUCAAGAACCUCGAUGACGCUAUUGGAGAUCCGUUCCGCAUGCAGAGCAACCCACAAGAGAGUUUGAGGGACUGCUACUCGCUGAUUCAAGUCCUCGACCAAGAGUUCGAUGGGUGUACUGACGGGCUAAUUGCUAGGCCCUACUACGACGCCUUCCAGAUCAGUAUCGCGCAUGGGGAUCAGGCACGCGCGAGUAUAUUUGCAGAGAGAGCUUAUAAAGCUAGGGUGAUCUGUGAAGGUGAGGAUAGCCCCGAAACGCUGAGAGCAAAGUCUCUUGCGUUGAAACCAGCCGUUCACAAUAGCUUUGGAGUGUAUUCUAGGAAGUGGAAAAGCGCGAGGGAUUCGGUACCGAAGGGUUUGGAUACGGUCGAGUUUGACAGGUGGUUGUUCAGGCAGAAGAAUUAAGCUAUAAGCCUCUCCUGUUAACGUAAUUUCGAAAACUUGCGGGCCUGUAAUGAAGUAUACAAUGGUUUUCAGGCUGCUGACUGAUCUUUUUUCUCCUUCAAGACCGAAAUUAUCGUUUCGCAAGUCAUAUAUACUAGCACAACAUGCGAUUCCCAAUCGCCUAUUAGUUAGUACAGGAUCGCUUAUCUCAGUUUUUUGUAGAUUCGAAGCUGAGACGCGUUGAAAGCACUUGUGCUUGCCGUCGUUGUGCUCGCUAUCGUCAUGCCUUUAUUCUAUCUCUUGAGAACUGUUGCCUCUUGUCACCGUGCACGCCAGCGUCGUGAUAGGCCACACCCCAGCCGCCAUAAGAGUGGUAAUAGCAUUUUAGUAUUAUAAUAAAGUUUGGAUAUCUAAACUCAAUCUAUUCAGAUGUUUAACUGGUAAUGAGAACUUAACGUUGUUGUAUCCAUAUCAAGGGGUGUCUUGUUUUAGUACAAAAGGAUACCCUCUGCAAGUUCAAAGGUAGCAACGAUGCAAUAAUAAUUUUCGGAAUUGAUAGGUCGGGAGUAUUUGGUAGCAGUACACGAUGUAAAUGAGAUGAAAAUGUGUAGAAAAUCUUAGAGUAUUCGUAGAUUUCAAGUCGUAUAAACUCGAAGUACCUACGAUGUGUCUGGUUACAGGGGGCGUCUGAGGACAGCUGACUUGAGAAGCCCGUGGGAGUAAAUGAAGUCCAGGGAGAGCAGUGGAUUUCAUGUCACUUGUCCGUCCAACUCACAAGUUCCCCAUUCUUUAUAGUAAUGGAUCUACUUCUCUUCCCAAUCACAAACGAGAUCGUCUCCCAGCACUACCAAAAUGAAUGGCAAAAGUCACCAAAAACAUACGACAGCAGGGAUUCGCUGGUGGUCACCCACCCAACUACUAAUCUACCGAUCUGAGGCUUGUGUAUGGCAGAGCGGACGGGAUGCCCAAUUCUCCUCAGUCUAUGGUCGUAUGUAUUAGAAAGUGUUUUAGUUUAAAAUGUAUAUGGUUCAAAUCAGUGACACCAUUUGGAACCCAGACCCCCACGUCCAAGCA